AUGCUAUCGCCCGUUUUCUGUCGAGUCUACAAUUCAAGUCAUUUGAAGCGAUUGGGCGAUAAGCAUUCACGCGAACACAGCAGCGAAGAUGCAAGGACUAGCUUUCAUACUCUCAUUACAAUGGCUGCUGAGCACAGCCAACGCGAGGUCUUUAGUUCCAGUCAUUACUGUCACAGCUCACCGGUCGUGCUCCACCCCAGCAAGCCCGACCCUACCAGCAUACGGAUGGAUUUCAACGAAUGGAACGAACUGGAAGGCGGAUACUCGCCGGCCCUUACAAAAUCCGACAGUCAUUUGGAGCAGCCACAGUCGCCCAUCACAGAAAUCGCCAUUACUACAAAUGGCCAAACGAUCACGGCUGCCGACUAA